AGUCGAGAAAUGCCUCGUGACGGGAGUUAAGCCAACAAGAUUUUAGUUUGUGAACAUCUUCUGCCCAGCAGUGUGUUUGUGAGAUUAUCAUAAGACUAUUCUUUUGUGUGACAAAAAAAGAAAUUUUUCUUCAAAUUGUGAAGUGUUUGGCCUACAGAGAAAUUCUUCAAUAUUGCUGCAGUUUUUUGUAAUAAGAAAAAAAUCAAAUGGAUUUUUUCAAAGACGUAUCAAUGACUUGUGUGUUUGUGGUGCUGAGUGGAGGGCAUUUAGAGUGCGGAAGUGCGUAAAGAAAAGGCGAAUAAGACGUCAUCUUGGCUGUAAAUCAAACCCACCAAAGACGGUGUGUGGGUGGGUGGAAAUGCACGGGGAAUCUCUUCUGAUUCAAUCCUCAUAGUGCUUGUGCUGUGGUGUGAGGUUGAGUGUUGCGAUAAUGACUGUGGCAUUUUGGUGUAGAGGUCAGUGAGAAGAUCACGUUCUGUUUGGGAAAGGAAAUUGAUUUGCUGCUCCAAAGUGCGGGUGACCCCAUCCUUGUUAGUCUGCAAGAGGAGCUAAGGUCAAAGAGGUGGCCAAAAUGGGCUACAUCUACUCAACGGCAGACUAUCUCAACAUCACCGGAAUGUACGAGUACGAUGCUUCGUACUACACAGAUCGUGGCAAUGAUUCCUACUAUGAGUACACCAAUCUUACGAGUCACCCCACCAUGGAAGGAAAUUACACUAUCGACUACGACCACAACUUCACACUGCCACUGUGGCGUCAGAUCCUGUGGAGCAUCCUAUUUGGUGGCAUGGUGAUUGUGGCCACGGGGGGUAAUCUAAUCGUCAUAUGGAUUGUCCUGGCGCACAAACGAAUGCGAACGUUCCGCAUUGUGGAUCCACUGUGGACCUAG